AUGGCGCGUCAUUGGAGAGGGACGACGAUGAUGGCGGCGGUCGGUGCACCAGAAGUGAUCACACAGCUGGAAAGCGCUGCCAAAGUUUUAAUGGCACCGCCGUCCAUGGUCAGCACAGAACAGAGGCAGCAUGCUGAACACAUAUUCCUCUCCUUCAGGAAAUCCAAAUCCCCUUUUGCCAUCUGCAAGCACAUCUUAGAGACCAGUAAGGUGGAUUAUGUGCUGUUCCAGGCAGCCACAGCCAUCAUGGAGGCGGUGGUGCGGGAGUGGAUCCUGCUGGAGAAGACCAGCAUCGAGUCGCUGCGGGCGUUCCUCCUCACCUACGUCUUACAGAGACCCAAUCUCCAGAAGUAUGUCCGUGAGCAGAUCCUGUUGGCCGUGGCAGUCAUCGUGAAGAGAGGCUCUCUAGACAAAAGUAUCAACUGUAAAAGCAUCUUUCACGAGGUCGAACAGCUCAUCAGCAGCGGCAACACCACAGUGCAAACACUGGCCUGCUCCAUCCUGACCGCUCUGCUCAGCGAGUUCUCCAGCUCCAGUAAGACCAGCAGCAUCGGCCUCAGCAUGGAGUUUCACGGCAGCUGCAAGCGUCUGUUCCAGGAAGAGGGCCUGCGUCAGAUCUUCAUGUUAACCAUGCAGGUGCUGCAGGAGUUCAGCCGCAGAGAAAACCUCAACGCCCAAAUGUCGUCUGUCUUCCAGCGCUACCUGGCUCUGGCCAACCAGGUCCUCUGCUGGAACUUCCUGCCACCCAAUCUGGGGCGCCACUACAUCGCCAUGUUCGAGGCCACGCAGAACGUCAUGCUCAAGCCUACGGAGACCUGGAGGGAAGCACUGCUGGACACCCGCGUCAUGGACCUCUUCUUCACUGUACACAGGAAGAUUCGGGAGGACUCGGACAUGGCCCAGGACUCCUUGCAGUGCCUGGCCCAGCUGGCCUCCAUGCACGGGCCCAUCUUCCCCGACGAGAGCGCCCAGGUCUCCUACCUGGCUCACCUGGUGGAGGGCCUGCUCAGCAUGAUCAACGGGAUUGAGAUCGAGGACUCGGAGGCUGUGGGCAUCUCCAACAUCAUCUCCAACAUGAUCACCAUGUUCCCUCGAAGUACUUUAACAGCGCUGCCCAGCGACCUCUUCACCUCCUUCAUCAACUGCCUCACGCUGCUCACCUGCUCGUUUGGACGCAGCGCCGCCCUCGAGGAGGUGCUGGAUAAGGACGACAUGGUUUACAUGGAGGCGUACGACAAGCUGCUGGAGUCGUGGUUGACGCUCGUCCAGGACGAGGAGCAUUUUCCUCGCGGCUGCUUCGUCCAGCCAGCGAUCCAGGUUUUUAACUCGUACAUCCAGUGUCACUUGGCUGCUCCUGACGGCACCCGGAACCUGUCAGUGAAUGGCAUAUCAUCUCAUGAAGAAGAAGAGAUCAACGAGCUGCAGGAAGACGACAGAGAGCUGUUCUCCGACCAGCUGUCCAGCAUCGGUGUGCUGGGACGUGUAGCAGCUGACCACUGUAUCCCUCUGCUCACAAGCCUCCUCGAGGACCGGGUGACACGGCUGCACGGUCAGCUCCAGAGGACCCAACAGCACCUCAUGGCCACGUCUGACCCCGGGUCAAUGGACCGCAAAGUGCUGGACGACCUCUACGAGGACAUCCACUGGCUCAUACUGGUGUCAGGGUAUUUAUUAGCAGACGACCCUCAGGGUGAAACCCCGUUGAUCCCCUCAGAGGUGAUGGAGUUCUCCAUCAAACACUCGACAGAAGUAGACAUCAACACAACACUGCAGAUCCUAGGGUCACCGGGGGAGAAGGCUUCAUCCAUACCAGGCUGCAACCGCACAGACUCCGUCAUCAGGUUGCUGUCGGCGGUGUUGCGGACGUCAGAGGUUGAGUCCAGGGCGACGAGAGCGAGUCUGACAGAGCUGCUGAGCCCUCAGAUGGGAAAAGACAUUGUGUGGUUCCUCAGACGCUGGGCCAAGACGUACCUGCUGGUGGAUGAGAAGCUGUACGAGCAGAUCAGCAUCCCCCUGAGUACAGCGUUCGGUGCAGACACCGAGGGGGCCCAGUGGAUUGUGGGGUAUCUUCUGGAGAAGGUGAUCAACAAUCUGUCAGUUUGGAGCUCAGAGGCUGAGCUGGCCAACGACACCGUGGAGCUGCUGGUGACACUGGUGGAGAGGAGAGAGAGGGCGAACAUCGUGGUGCAGUGUGAGAGCUGGUGGAACCUGGCGAAGCAGUUUGCCACCCGCAGCCCUCCCCUCCACCUGCUGUCCAGCUCCGUGCAGAGGACGCUGAUGAAAGCUCUGGUUCUGGGAGGCUUCGCUCACAUGGACUCUGACGCCAAGCAGCAGUACUGGGCUGAGGUGCUCCACCCUCUCCAGCAGCGUUUCCUCAACCUCAUCAACCAGGAGAACUUCGCUCAGAUCAGCCAGGAGGAGGCCGUCAAACAGGAAAUCGUCGCCACGUUGGAGGCGCUGUGUGGCAUCGCAGAGGCGACGCAGAUCGACAACGUUGCCUCGCUCUUCUCGUUCCUCAUGGACUUCCUGUCCAGCUGCAUCGGCCUCAUGGAGGUCUACAGCAACACGCCGGAGACGAUUAACCUCAUCAUCGAGGUGUUUGUGGAAGUGGCUCACAAGCAGAUCUGUUACCUGGGAGAGACGAAGUCCAUGAAGCUGUACGAGGCGUGUCUGACGCUGCUGCAAGUCUAUUCCAAAAACAACCAGAGCAGGAAGCGAAGCGACGCCACAGCGGAGGAGGACCAGUACCAGGACCUGCUGCUCAUCAUGGAGCUGCUCACAAACCUGCUCUCCAAAGAGUUCAUCGACUUCAGCGACACCGACGAGGUGUUUCGAAACCAAGACCAGGGAACGCCGGCGUCCAAUCGGACAGUAUCAGCAGCAGAUGUGGUUCUUUAUGGUGUCAAUAUUGUUCUCCCUCUCAUGUCUCAGGACUUACUCAAGUUCCCCUCCCUGUGUAACCAGUACUACAAGCUCAUCACCUUCAUCUGUGAGAUCUUUCCAGAGAAGAUCCCACAGCUGCCGGAAGACCUCUUCAAAAGCCUCAUGUUCUCCCUGGAGCUGGGAAUGACCUCGAUGAGUUCAGAGAUCAGCCAGCUGUGUUUAGAGGCUUUGUCUCCUCUGGCUGAGCAGUGCGCGAAAAACCAGGAGAAGGACACGCCUCUCUUUAUCGCUACUCGUCACUUCCUCAAGUUGGUGUUUGACAUGCUGGUCCUGCAAAAACACAACACAGAGAUGACGGUGGCGGCAGGAGAAGCCCUCUACACACUCGUGUGCCUGCAUCAGGCGGAGUACUCGGAGCUGGUUGAGACUCUCCUCUCCUCACAGAGAGACGCCGUCAUCUACCAGCGGCUGGCCGACGCCUUCAACAAGCUGACGGCCAGCAGCACGCCGCCCACCAUGGACCGCAAGCAGAAGGUCGCUUUUCUCAAGAGCCUGGAGGAGUUUGUGGCCAACGUGGGCGGCCUGCUCUGCGUGAAAUAACCACUGGAAACUCUGACUCCGCCUCAGAUCAUCUUUUCUCUUUGUUUUGUUUUGGGUUUUUUUAAGCAACCAAUCAAAAGACGCCCCCGCUUCGUCCCUAAGAACUCUGGGUAGAAGAGGCAGCUGGAGGAACUCUCUGUCUCUCUGCCUGCCGAGGGAUCCAUCUCAUGCCUGAAUGUUUACCCCGUGUUCACCUCCUCGGAUUUCUUUUUUUGGUUUCUCUCCCCGCCCCUCCAGCAUGAUCGACAGACCCGAUGAAGAUGAUAAUGAUGAUGAUGAUGUGGUUACCAUGGAGACUGAAAAGACGGACUCAGUCUGAGGAUCCUUGUGACUGAUGUCACUGAGUAUUGACCAUCAUGACGAUGAGAGGAGGCGGAGCAGCGGUGGCUGAUGUUGCGGCGUCUCUGCCUCCUCCUCCACCUCAUGUACCUGGAGGCUGCACACACACACACACACACACACACACACACACACAGAGUGAUACUGAGGGUAAAACAAGUUGUUGAUUUUGAAAAUUGAAGGAUUUUUUUUUUCCAGUGUGAGAUUUUGUAGUUGAAAGUAUUAGAGGGGCCAUUUUGUUUCAAGAAUGCCAUGACGACCACACACACACACACACACACACACUUCUUUUUAACAGUGACACACACACACCCCGCCCCGAUCCUUCCCAGAGUGCCUUUGUUUUAUUGAUUGUUCUGUGUGUGUGUGCAAUUUUAUUUUGUCUCCAUCAACUGACAACAAACUGUGCCUGCCAUUCGCCCAGAACACAGCGGAUGCACACACACACACACACACACACACACACACACACACACACACACUCUCUCUCAAAAAAUCCACAUGCACACACACGCACGAGAUGUUGCCAUGACAACAGAGGUAUGGCUGGCCUUGGCUGUCUUUGGGGCUGCUGAACCGCGCAGCACAGGAGGGCAUUUGUUUAUUUGUUGGCGACAACAGAAAACCAAAAUCAGAUUCACUAAAGGGUGUAAAUAUAUAUAUAUAAAGUUUUCAAAUCAGAAACCACGAGAGAAAUGUUUGUUCAAAGACAAAAACAACAACAUGACUGAAAUGUUUUUAUAUGCCGGUGAACGGCAGGAAGAGUUGUAUGAGUUGAACAUUUUAUGAAUUCAGAUGACGAGGGAGCGACUCUCUCAGUUUUGACCUUUUUGCGGUUUGGUAUUUUUUCUCUAUUCAGAUGGUAGUACUGCGGGACACGCGAAGGCUCGGGGCCUCUAAAGUUUAGCAGAUUUAAUUUCCAGUAGUAUUUUUCUACAGCAGCGCAUCACUCUUCAACACACACUGGAUUGAAGCAGAGACUGUUUGAGCUGAAGGACAGCAAUAACAAACCAAAUAAAAAGGAGCAGAGCCACUUGUCGAAGCAUUAUGUUGGAGACCUCCUCGUUCAGAGCACUAUCCUGGUUAUUGUAGAAUGGCUGUUUUGUUAAUGAAGUGUAAAAGUGUACAUAAAGUUAUUGUAUAAAA